AUGCCUUUUUUGAAGGAUGGUGUCAAUGAUUCUGAACGUCCAUUAAAUGGUUAUUCAUUAGAUAAACAUUAUAAUUUUGAUUCAGAUUCAGAUCUUGAAGAUUUUAAUUAUGUACUAAAUGAAACUGAAAAACAAUUGAUAAAAGCACGACAAAGUUUAGAUAAACGAAAAUUAAAUAAUUCAACUGCUACAUUUUAUACAAAUGAAAAUAAUCUUAAAAAAUAUGAUGAAGUAUUACGUACAUGUGAAACAAAUAUUCAAUGUCUACAAAAUAUUUUAAAGAAUAUUCAUCAUAGUAAAAUAUUGAACAGUACACAAGCCAUUGAAAAAUUAAACGCUUAUUUGGCUGGCUGGAAUGAUAUGCAACAUCUCGUCAAAGAUGAUCGAAUUCGAGCACGCCAUUUACUACAUAUAUCACAAGAAAUUGUUGGUUUAAAAAAUAAAUUAUUGGAUGAAAUUGAUAAUAUUGGACAAGAAUUUCAAAAUUGGAAUCAAUUCGAUAAUCAAAUAUAUUUAAAAAAAUUUUAUAAUUUAAUUGAAUUUCAAGUGAAUGUUGUUGAACACAAUAUAUCAAAAACCAUUUCAUGUUAUCGUAAUGAUAUUGAUCAAGGAGAAAAUCAUUUAAAUGAAUUUCGUAAAAAUCAUCCAGAAUUUACCGUUGGAAAUUUGAAUGAACAAAUAAUUAUAAGUAAACAACUUCUCGAUCAACUUUUAGACAAAUUAGAAGCAUAUCGAACAUUAUUAUCAACAAUUUUGGUAACUGUAAAUAAUUUUCUUCGAUUAGAAGAUGAUAUUGAACAAAAAUUUAUCUAUACAUUUCAACAAUUAAAUAAUAAUCCAGAACAAAUACAAAAAUAUUUAAAUAACAGUGAAAGAUCGUCAUCAUCAUCAUCAUCAUCAAUUGACUAUAAUAAUAAUAAGAAGAACAAAGUAAAAGCUAAAUUAAAUGAAAUAAUUCCGUUAGUUGAAAGAUAUGGUCAAUUAAUUAAACAAGUUGACUUAUCAGUUAUUGACUAUCGCUACCAUUUUUUAGACAGUUUAUAUCCCAUAUUAGUAAACUAUUUUCAACAAAAAAACGAAUUAUAUAAAAAACAAAUGGAUUAUAUUAGUUCGACAGAUAAUACAAAUAAUAUUAAUAACUAUAAUAAUAAUAAUAAUAAUACAAACAUGAACAAAAAUAAGAAAAAAUCUCAGACAAACGUAACAUUUAAGAAUGAUCCCAAUAUUCUAAUUAACAAUGUUGAACAAUCGACAAAAACAAGAGAAAUAAAUUAUGAUCAAGAACAAUUUAUUAAGAAUAAUCAAAACUUAAAAAAUAAAAAUUCAAUAUCAAAUAGUACACCAAAUUUUAUAAAUGAAUCACCUAUAAUCGAAAAUAAUAAUAUUUUAUCAUCUUCAUCUACACGAACAUCAAGAACAAUUUUAACAAAACGGACAAAUCUUAUCAAUGAGAAUCCUUCGAAUGAAUUUGAUUCGGAUCCCAGUCAAAAUACAACGAGAACAUCCUCCUAUAUAUCGGACGAUUGUAAAGUAUUAUACAUUGAAACAGUAAUCGAAGUAUCGAAACCCGUAUUUUAUGAACGAAUAAACUCCCACAGUACUUCAGAAAUUCAUGACAUCCAUACAACAGAUGAGUCAUUAAAAAGUUCAAACAUUCCAACAGUAAAAGCUAAGUUUGAUACACCAUCAUUCAAACGAACUACUAAUUAUUCUCGUUUCGUUCAACAAAAUAUGUCUGAUAACGACGAUAAACAAGAUAUUACUGAUAAUGAUGAUGUUGAAACAAACGAUAAUUUCCUACUAAACCCGGUGAAUCAUUCGUCGUUGAACACUCAACCACUAUCAUCUACUCCAUAUAACAACCGAUCGACCAGCGCGGACCAUCCUGACAGUGGCUAUGAACCAUCACCAAAUUCAACAAUACAAAAGGCUCCAGAAACUACAGCGCGAUCAAAGUCGACUCAGAAUGUUUUUAGGGACGACCAAAGUCGGGGUUUCCGUAUGUCGAGCAGAGUACCACCACAAAAUGAGACAAGAACAGCAAACAAUGAUGACGAUGAAGAUUUCUCGCAAAAAUUCAUAUCACCAAUGAUUACACCAAAAAGACAGCAAAAGAAUGACGAAAAUUUGUCGAGAAUUAUUAACCGUGAAGACUUUUCACAAACUCAAUUCAAACCAUCGCGUAUUAAAUCAAAACAAGAAGUUUGGCCUUCAAAUAGUGAUUCAUCACUGCGUAAUGAAUUUAAAGUUCGUCGGUCUCCCAAUGAACAACAACAUUUAUUUGUAACAGAUGAUGAUUCAACAAAUUCACGUACUAUGCCACGACAACGUCAUCAAUCACAAAUCAAAAAUCAAUUAUCAUCUUCAUUAAACCAAUCCACUAAUGUUACUAGGACUACACGAUUAGUACCGCUAUCGUACACCGAUCGUUUACGUCAAAUAUGGUUAAAAUCACUGAUACUUGGUUUACUGAUAUUAUUGGCUUUAUUUACACUAUAUUUUUUUUGUCUUGAUUCAUGUACACAAAAUUCAUGGAGCCGAAACAUCAUUAGCAAAAUAAUUAGGGUUGAACAUGACGGAUUGCCAACAAUGUGA